AUGAAGAUCCAGACGCUGUGUUCGCUCGCCGCUGUAGGCCUUGCCUUCGCUAAACCGAUUCACAACCUCGAGGAGCGCGCUGAUGUUGCGGAUGUCUUGAAAUGUGCCGGCGAUACCGUGCAGAAAGGGCUCAGCGUAGCGUUGGAUAAUGUUUCUCAGUCAAAUAUCAAACUGGAGGGGCUGGACGGGUUAAUAUCAUGCAUCACCAACGCUGCUGCCGAGGUCACCGAUAUUGCGACUAUUACUCAGGAUCCGUUAGGAUGGCUGCACUCUUUGGACUGCACGGAACAAUUCUUGGGAGGCGCGGAGGGCCUGGCAGAAUUAGGGCAUAACGUGCAGCAAGUGGAAAACCUUCUCUCCGUGGUCGCGGCGCAGACUGUGGGAGGUAUAGUCAAAUGUGGUUCUUCUAAGAGCAUUUGA